AUGGCAAGCCAGUGUUUUUGGUUCAAGAUCGUCGUCGGCGGUUCCCACGAGGCUGACUUCGUUCACUACGCCGAAGACGAUAUCGUGGCGAGCAUCAAGCAUAAAAUCAUCAGACAGAACCCGCGCCUGAGCCAAGUCAACCCUGGCGAACUCACUCUCAAAGCAGCAUCUGGAGAGGCUGCACUUGCCGUGGACUCGAAGAUAUCCCUACUCGUUGCCCAGGGCUAUGGCGCACAUGCCGCGACCGCAGUCUUGGUUGAUCAUUUGCCCGAUUUUGCAGGUGCGGCCAUUCAUCCAAGAGCUGCGCCAACUGCAGCAGUGCAGUUGAACCAGUUGUCCCUUUGCGAGGAAGUCCUGGGAGCUGUCCAACAAGAGCAGUGGAUCCGGUGCCGAAUCUCCUACAGGUCAACUGAUUAUGGCAUCAAGGCUCGCUUGUCUGACCACGUGGAAAAGUAUUUUCCUGGCGCUUUGGGUGGAACAGUGCAGCGAAGAGAGAAUGUGACCGUGGUGACCAUUCAAGGCACCUACCACAGCGUGCGCUCUCUUUUGGAGUGGAUGCAGACGCACAUGCCCUACCCAAGGGAUGCAACCUCGAAGACGCUUAUCAUCCAGGCCAAAUAUAAACAGUUCAAGGUGUUGAAAAGCCACCCGGAGCCACGGUCAGAGCAUUCUUCUGGCAAUGUUGCCGAUGAAGGAUCCAGUGUUUCAUCACGGUCAGAUGCACGCACCCCAAGCCGAAUCAGCUAA